AUGAAUAGCACGAACGUGUGUGGGCACUGCCAGCGGUUUGCACCUGAGUUUGAAAAAGCAGCAAAGGCGUUGAGGGGUUUAGCUGAUGUUGUUGCUGUUAAUGAUGAAACCCUAAUGCAGGAGUUCGGGGUUUCAGGGUUUCCGACUGUAAUGAUUGUGGUCGGCAGAGGAGGAAGUAAGCCCAAGACGUUUAAAUAUGAAGGUAAUAGAGACGCGAGUUCUGUGUUGGAGUUUACUGUGAUGCACAUCGGCAAGUUAGCGAGAGCAAGACUAGCAGGAAAGAUCGAUUCAGGCAGCGGGAAGAGCAGCAGCAAGAGCAGCAGCAGCAGCAGCAGCAGCAGCAAGCCUAAGAGCAGCGGCCCUUCGGAGGUAAUUGAGCUGAAAGACACCAACUUUGAGAAGAUGGUUAUGCAGGACGAAGACAACGUUUGGUUCGUGGAGUUCUAUGCCCCUUGGUGCGGACACUGCAAAGCCUUAGCCCCCAUAUGGGAUGAGGUGUCUGUACAGCUGAAAGGCAAAGUAAAAGUAGCUAAGGUCGACAGCACGAGCGAGCAGAUGCUGGCUUCCAAGUUCGGCAUUCAGGCUUUCCCUACCUUGAAACUUUUCCCUGCGGGCCCGAAGUCAACUGCAAUGGUGAAAGAUUACGAAGGCCAGCGGACAGCCGAUGAAAUCGUUAAGUUCGCUAUGGAGUUCUAUGGUGCAAAGGCAGAAGCAGACCAGCUGCUGAACGAAGAGCAGUUUAGAAGUGAGUGCGGGGAGACGUUGUGCAUCUUAGCUUUUCUGCCUGAUGUUUUAGACAGCGGUGAAGAAGGGCGAAAAAAUUACUUACAAACCCUCAACCAGGUAGUCAAGGCCUCUGUAACGGUGCCUGUCAAGUUCCUUUGGCUCCAAGGCGGUGAUAACUUCGAUUUAGAGGAGCAGCUGCAUUUGGCUUUCGGUUGGCCGGCGGUUGUCGCCGUGCAUUUGGCGAGGGGAAAGUUUUCAGUUCAUAGAGGCAACUUCACCCGGGAGAGCAUCAACUCCUUCCUGCAGCAGCUUCUUGCAGGGCGCGCCCCCGUCUCUGAUUUGCCGAAAUUGAAAACCCUCAAAGAAGCGAAGAAGUGGGUGCCGCCGAAGGCAUCAGCCAAGGAUGAACUCUAA